AAAAUCUAUAAGAGCCAAACUACCAUUCGCAUACGGCUCCGUGCGAGCGGAGAGAGAGAGAGAGAGGGGAGGAAAUGGAGGAGGUGAUAACUAAGCGGCCGAGAGAGGACGAGGAUAACAACGGCAACGAUGCGGCGGCGAAUGGUAUCUCCUCCAUUAUUCCUGGCUGGUUCUCCGAGAUGAGCCCCAUGUGGCCCGGUGAGGCUCACUCUUUGAAGAUAGAGGAGAUUUUGUAUCAAGGGAAAUCUGAAUACCAAGAUGUGAUGGUAUUCCAGUCAGCUACUUACGGCAAGGUUCUAGUUCUUGAUGGAGUCAUUCAAGUUACUCAAAGAGAUGAGUGUGCAUAUCAAGAGAUGAUUACACACCUUCCUUUAUGCUCCAUCCAGAAUCCUAAAAAGGUCUUGGUUAUUGGAGGGGGAGAUGGUGGUGUUUUGCGUGAGGUGUCACGUUAUCCUUCUGUUGAGCAAAUCAAUAUAUGUGAAAUUGAUAAGAUGGUUGUGGAUGUCUCUAAGCAGUUCUUCCCCAACUUGGCUGUUGGUUUUGAGGAUCCGCGUGUGAAUUUGCAUAUUGGUGAUGGUGUUGCAUUUCUAAAGAAUGCUCCUGAAGGCACAUAUGAUGCAGUUAUUGUUGAUUCUUCUGACCCAAUAGGUCCAGCUCAGGAACUUUUCGAGAAACCCUUCUUCGAAUCAGUUGCUCGAGCUCUCCGUCCAGGUGGUGUUGUUUGCACGCAAGCUGAGAGCAUAUGGCUGCAUAUGCACAUAAUUGAAGCCAUCGUAUCGAAUUGCCGGCAAGUUUUUAAAGGCUCUGUGAACUAUGCAUGGACAACAGUACCAACAUACCCAAGUGGAGUUAUUGGCUUCAUGCUUUGCUCAACGGAGGGACCACAGGUUGAUUUCCAGCACCCAGUUCAUAAGAUUGAUGAAAGUGAUGAUUUGAACAAAUCCAAAGGUCCCCUGAAAUUCUACAACCCAGAGAUCCAUUCUGCUGCAUUUUGCUUGCCAUCUUUUGCCAAGAGGGUCAUUGGCUCCAAUACCAAUUAGUUUUUGCCAUCCGCUCCGAUUCACCCGAUCAAUGAUUCUGCUGAAGCACUAUAUUGUCUGGAGAAUUUUAUUUGAAGCAUUGUCUGCUGUCUGUUUCUCUCGUCUGUUUUCAGUUUCAAGGGAGUUUGUUUUAAGUGGCUUUCAUAAACAGCCUUAAGGUACUCUCUUCUGAACUGAUUUCCAUGCAAGAAUAACAAUUGGCCUGCUGUUGUUUGGACUUCAGACAGACCCUUAAAAAAUCCUUUCUUAUGAACUUAUCAUUUGCGAAUUUGUAUGAUCUUUUCUAUACUAAAGAACCUUAUCUUUGCCCGUACCUGUGUUUGUUACUUGGUUCUUCAGGUGCGUAAGGAAGUUGGGCUGAGAGGCUAA